UCAGGCGGGCGGUCCCGGUGGAGCCUUCUUACUUCCGCCAUUGUUCCCUCACCGUGGAGCGCCCGGGCUGGGCAGAGCCGGUGAUUGUUGAAAAGAGAAGUCACUUUCAUCGGCCCUCAAACAGUUGCAUUUUUCUUCUUUUAUUUUCAGAGCUAUUAGUUGUACUACCUGGAUGAUUUUGUAAUUUUUUUUUUAAUUUAUUUGACAGAGAGAGACACAGCGAGAGAGGGAACACAAGCAGGGGGAGCGGGAGAGGGAGAAGCAGGCUUCCCGCGGAGCAGGGAGCCCGAUGCGGGGCUCGAUCCCAGGACCCUGGGACCAUGACCCGAGCCGAAGGCAGACGCUUAACGACUGAGCCACCCAGGCGCCCCAUGAUUUUGUGAUUUUAUUUCUUGCCAAGUGAUGCCCUUUGUGUUUACAGCACUCUCGCCAGCUCCCCGAAUGUCUAGGGCAGGACUCCUCUCGGGAGGGACUCAGCUUGGCUGCCGGUGUGACCUCCAAUAUCCAGCCCAUCAGGAAGAGGACCUCAGAAAGUAUUGAAAUAACCAAGAAUACAACAAUGGACAAAGCAACCCGUCCCUCCUGGAGCCUACAUUCCACGGGGAGACACACUCUUCCAAAGUCCAACGUAGAAAGCUGGUAAAAGCAGAGCAGAUCCGGUCAGGUCUGAGACGCUGAGUCCAGAGCAAUGUUGCUGAAGACAGUGGUCUUGCUGGCCCUGGUGGCCCAGGUGCUGAUGCUAGAGAAUGGGCUUCUGCAGAAGCCACCCAUGGGCUGGCUGGCCUGGGAACGCUUUCGCUGCAACAUCAACUGUGACGAGGACCCAAAGAACUGCAUCAGUGAGCGGCUCUUCAUGGAGAUGGCUGACCACCUGGCACAGGAUGGAUGGCGGGACCUAGGCUACACAUACCUUAACAUCGAUGACUGCUGGAUUGGUGGGCGUGACGCUAAAGGCCGCCUGGUGCCCGACCCCAAGCGCUUCCCCAACGGCAUUGCCUUCCUGGCUGACUAUGCUCACUCCCUGGGCCUGAAGCUGGGCAUCUACGGGGACAUGGGCAACUUCACCUGUAUGGGCUACCCAGGCACCACGCUAGACAAGGUGAUUCAGGACGCUCAAACCUUUGCCGAGUGGAAGGUGGACAUGCUGAAGUUGGAUGGCUGCUUUUCGACCCCUGAGGAACGGGCCAAGGGGUACCCCAAGAUGGCAGCUGCCCUGAAUGCCACAGGCCGCCCCAUUGCCUUCUCCUGCAGUUGGCCAGCCUAUGAAGGGGGCCUUCCCCCAAAGGUGAACUACACUCUGCUGGCAGAAAUCUGCAACCUCUGGCGCAACUAUGAUGACAUCCAGGACUCCUGGAGUAGCGUGCUCUCCAUCCUGAACUGGUUUGUGGACAACCAGGACAUCCUGCAGCCGGUGGCAGGCCCUGGGCACUGGAACGACCCAGACAUGCUGCUCAUAGGGAACUUUGGCCUCAGCUUUGAGCAAGCCCGGGCCCAGAUGGCCCUAUGGACAGUGCUGGCAGCCCCCCUCUUCAUGUCCACCGACCUGCGUACCAUCUCUGCCCAGAACAUGGACAUUCUGCAGAAUCCACUCAUGAUCAAAAUCAACCAGGAUCCCUUGGGCAUCCAGGGACGCAGGAUUCUCAAGCAUGGGGCCUGGCACACAGGAGGUGUCAGGGAGCAUCUGCUGAGUCAGGAGAAAUCCCACAUUGAAGUGUUCAUGCGGCCCCUGGCCAACGAGGCCAGCGCCUUAGUCUUCUUCAGCCGCCGGACAGAUAUGCCUUAUCACUACCACACCUCCCUCGCCCAGCUGAACUUUGACAACUCCAGCACGUAUGAGGCCCAGAACGUCUACACGGGUGAUGUCAUCAGUGGCCUCCACUCUAAAACCAACUUCACAGUGAUCAUCAACCCCUCAGGGGUGGUGAUGUGGUACCUGUAUCCCAUCAGGAAGCUGGGGACGCCCCAGCACUGAGGAGCUGAGACAUGUGACAGGCUGUGGCGGCGCUGCUGAGCCUCCACAUGCCGAGGCCAGCAGGCGGGGUUCUCUGAUACCCAGGCCCACUCGGUGACCCACGUCAGACCCAAAGUGCAAUCUCAGGGCCAGGGUCCAUGCCCUGCCCGAGUGUGAACCUUCUUGGAAAUUCGUCUUGGGGCGAUUUCCCGUGGCAUUCCUGGCUUCUACCUUGUCUGCGCGGCCCCACAGAUGUUACUGAACAACUCAGCCAGCCCCCUGAGCCCCACAAGCAGGGGGACUGAUACCCUCCGACCUUUUUGUUCACUCUGAAACCAGGAUUUGGAAUUUUUCUUAUGAUUAGGAGUGGAGAUCUGACCUCUUGUCAGGAACUCCCAUGGAUCGUGUGAUUGGCUGACACCACCUAGGUAACCUUGGUUCCGUCAGGUUACCAAUAAAGCUGUUCUUUAAUCGA